AUGACUUUCUCUAUUAAGCAUGUGUUACUCGCCGGAAUCACUCUUUCUACCGCGGUGCUGGGCCAGGAUUGUGGCAGAUUCGCCGUUUUCACCGACAGGGGGGCAAGUUCAAACUACUAUAACUGCGAUGCGUUUAUUGACGACGCCAUGAUGCCGUAUCUUGCAUGGUUCAAUGGCACCACCACUCUUACCCUGACUGGGGGCCCGGCGUCUGAAUGCCCUGACAAAACCUGGCAAAAGCUGAAUAACUCGUUGCUCAUCGGCGGCAUGACUGUACCCGGAAACAAAACGCUUGAUCGGACCAAGUAUGACAACAACACGUUCUACUUUUAUAUGCCCGAGCAGUCGAACGACAACAUCACCGUGGAGUUCCAGUCAUCGUCGGACGAAUGGUACAGCGAACCCCAAGGCUGGCAGGUCAACGCGACCAAAGCCGGAGACGGGUACGACAUAGCCGGCUACUGGUUCGGGAAACUGCCGGACAACAACUAUCUCGACUUCCCCGGCGUGCCCGGCGAUGAUUGUUGGGACAGCGGGCCAAUCUGGCUGGGACAGAAAGGUUACUUUGACGAGUACAAAUGGAAGCUGGUCGGACACGUGUCGCCCAAAGCGGCCAACUUCAGUGUCAUAAUGACCGAGAUCGACGACGAUGGCGAAGUGUGGCAUAUAUACACCAAUUUCACCGGCGAGGCUGGACCCAAAGGCCCAAAAUUGGUGACCACGGGAAAGGCGCCUACAACGGAUGCGAAGGCUUGA